UGUGAUGUUUAAAUAAAUCAAUGACUUCUUCGUAUUGAUGACUGUUGUAAUUUUGAAUUCCAAAUACAAUACAUUCGUUCGGGCUCAUCUGAUACUUCUUGAUUAAAUUGCGUUAUUCCUGGAAUUACUAGUUCAUACUACAAUUCAAAUACUUUUAAUUAUCAUAUUGGCGUCGCGAUGGAGCCUGCGAUACAACAGUUGGACAUUCAUUCAACUUCUGAAGCUUGUGAGGAUUACCUUGAAAGGUUUGAGAUAUGGAGCAUGACCAAGAAAGAUAUGAAGGGUGACAAAAUUGUGGCACAUUUUCUUACAUUCAUCGGUCAAGAAGCCUACAGUUUAUUAAAAACCUUGGCAUAUCCAGAUAAGCCGAUUUCACUCCCAUAUACAACUCUCAAGGAAUUACUAUUAAACCAUGUGAAGUGCACCAGUUUUGAGUGUCGUGAGAGAGCAAAAUUUCAUAAGAUGAUUCGUCAGGAUAACCAGAAGGUUAAAGACUUCAUCCUUGAAUUGCAAAGACAAGCUGCCAAAUGCAAUUUUGGUGAUCAGCUUCAUGUACAGUUGAGAGAUCGGUUAAUUGCUGGAAUUAACAUACCAGAUCUGGAAAAGGAGCUGUUAAGAAUGCCGAACUGUUCUUUUCAAGAUGCUAGAACUGCAUGUAUUAACUACGAAGCAGUGAAUGAACUUGAUAUUCAAUCGAUGAAAAUUUCUAAUACUUUGCUUAGUCGUCAUGAUGAAUUACAAUCUCAGGGUCGAUCAAAUUUGCGUUCGUUUAAUCGUGAUUGCUAUUCCCGUGGAAAUAUGAAAGGUGGUUUAACAAGGAACUGCAAAGCAAACAACAAAGGUGAGAAUAAGUUUGGUAAAUGCUUAUCUUGUGGCAAAUUUCAUUUUCGUAAUUCAUGUGCAUUUCGUAAUGCUAAAUGUUUUAAAUGUGGCAAGAUAGGACACAUUCAGUCAGUGUGCAAAACUACUGUUCACUUUGCUUCAAGUAUUACUAAGUCUGGUAACUUAGAUCCCAAUAAUUCGGCUGUUCUUGAUGAUCAUUUAUCUUUAUCCACUACUUCAAAAGGGAAUGUUCAUAUUCAAAAGCGAUUAUAUACAUCCCUUGGUUCAUUUCAUGACUUUAUUGUGGACACAGGUAGUAUAGAGUCCAUUAUUUCAUUCAAGAACUUGAAAUCUUUAGAUCCUAAUGUUGUGGUAAAACCCACUGAGGUCUCAAUACUGGGGAUUACUGGACACAGACUACCUAUACGAGGAUGUUGUAAAUUGCUAAUAAGAGAUGAUAAUUCUUCAUACGUACCUUGUGAAUUUUUAGUUAGUGAAACAGGACUGUCCAUACUGGGUUUAAAAAAUCUGAAAAGGCUUAAAGUGGAAUUGUCUCUACUAGUUUCUACAGAGAAUUCUGAUGCUUUACUCAAGGAUUUGAUAGCUGUGUGUGCUAAGUGUAGUGGAGGUAUGAAAAUUCAGCCCAUUAAACUUCAAGUACAGGGUGAUCCGGUCUUUCUUAAAAGACGAAUAAUUCCUUAUGGUCUUCGAGAAGCAGUACAUAAGUCACUGAAUGAUUUGUGUGCGAAAGGUAUAAUUGAACCAGUUCAGUCCUCAGCAUGGGGUACUCCUAUUGUUACGCCAUUGAAAUCGGAUGGCAAGACCCCUAGAAUAUGCGGUGAUUACAGAUUGACACUGAACUCCCGUUUGUUGAAGCAAACAUGCACGACGAUGGAGGCUGAAGAUAUUCUAAAUCGGCUUCAUGGUUCUAAAGUGUUCUCGAAAGUUGACUUGAAAGAUGCUUAUCUUCAAAUCCCUUUAGACCAAUCUUCAUCUAUCUUGACAACAAUUAACACUCCUUUUGGUCUGUUCAAAUACAACUUCCUUCCAUUUGGUCUUAGUUGUUCUCCAGCCAUAUUUCAAGAGGUCAUGAAUAAGAUAGUCAGCGAUAUUGAAGGUGUUGAAGUUUAUCAAGAUGAUCUCAUUGUUCAUGGUGCUGAUAAAGUAGUCCAUGACCAGAGACUUAUUGCUUUAUUGCGUCGUUUAAUUGAGAAGAAUAUUACAGUGAAUCCAAAUAAGUGUUCAUUUAGUGUAUCUAGUUUUGAAUGCCUUGGAUACCUAGUUGAUGGUAAUGGUUUUAGACCAGAUAUGAAACGACUAGCUCCACUGACAAAUGCACCGUCUCCAAAAAACAUCACAGAAUUAAGUUCACUAGUGGGUGCUCUUCAGUACUAUUCUCGUUUUAUUCCUAAUUUUUCUUGUCGUGCCAAUUGUUUAUUUAAUAUUUUGACAUCCAAUUCAUUCAAAUGGGGUGAAGAACAAGAGUCAUGCCUACGAAGUCUGCUAAAGUUUCUUCAAAGUGAUGCUGUCCUUCGAACUUACUCACCCAGUGUACAUUCUGUUCUUAUUACUGAUGCGUCACCUGUAGGUAUUGGUGCAGUUUUGGAACAGGAAGGUAGGCCAGUUAUAUGUGUUUCACGCAAACUUUCUGUUGCUGAACAAGGUUAUUCACAAACGCAGCGAGAAGCGUUAGCUGUGUUUUGGGCUGUUAAAAGACUUCAUAAAUAUUUAUUUGGAAAGAAGUUUACCAUUGUUACUGAUCAUGAAGCCUUAAAGUUCAUUUAUCAUCCUGACAAAUCCUUAGCACGUUCCUCAGCUGCUAUGGUUCAACGAUGGAGUAUUGCUUUGAGUGCUUAUGACUAUACGAUUCAGCACAGGAGUGCAAAACAAAUUCAACACGUUGACUACAUUUCUCGACAACCAUUACAAGAUAGACCUGUUAAUACUUCAGACUGCUUGUUAGUGCAACCUUUACCGGUGAGACGUCCAGAUCUCAUUAGAGAAACUCGUAGAUACUUUGGAUGUAUACUCAGUGCUAUACGGAAGGGUUGGAAUGCUAAUCUGAAACGUAGAUUUCCUGUCUAUUAUUCAAAGCGGGACGAGUUAUCUACUACUCCUGACGGUAUUUUGUGUUUAAAUGAUCGUGUUGUUAUUCCUCCUUCAUUACGCAAACCUGUCCUUGAUGAUCUUCAUAGUGGACAUCUUGGUGUUGAGAAAAUGAAAUCCUUAGCAAGACUCACAUGUUGGUGGCCAGAGAUAAAUGCAGAUAUAUGUCGUACAGCAAACAAUUGUGAGAAAUGUCAUAAGCUAAAAAGUCUGCCUUCGAAGUGGACUCCAUGGCCAGUAUCGUCUGAGGCCUGGCAGAGAAUUCAUGCAGACUACUGUGGUCCAUUUCUUGGCAAAUACUAUGCACUUGUAAUUAUUGAUUCUUUUUCUAAGUGGCCUGAAGUUUUUUUCACAACUUCACCGAAUUCUGACUUCACAAUUCAAGCAUUAAGGAAGGUGUUUAGUCGAGAAGGAGUUCCCAUGGUGUUGGUGACUGAUAAUGGCUCUCAUUUUGCUGCAGAUGCAGUCACUAAUUGGUUAAAUGGUAUAGGGUGCAGACAUCUGUUUACGGCUCCCAGGCACCCUUGUUCCAAUGGUCAGGCAGAAAAUUUCGUAAGAACAUUGAAAAUUGCUAUUGAUUCUAUUGCUGCUUCGACAUUCAAUGAACUGGAGAGGGGAGUAGAUACAUUUCUACUUCAAUAUAGAAAUGCUAAGCAUUCUGUGACGAAAGAGACUCCAUCAAAGCUAUUAAAAGGAAGAAUUCUCCGUUCGAAUAUGAGGUGUUUGGAGUCUGCAGAAGUUACGUAUUAUCGUGGUAAUGAUCUUCGACCAGCCACGGGGAUCGUGGUGAAGAAUGUUGGAAAAUCUAUGGUGCGAAUUCUGGAUAUCAAUGACUUGACCAUACAUAACCGACACGUUGAUCAAAUACAAUACCAGAAUCCAGGUGAGUCUGUUCCAAUUUCGGUUGUUAAUUCUAAUACUAAUGAGUGCAUUCUAGAUAAUACAGAGUCUACAUCCAAUACACCGUCGGACAGAUGUAAGAUGAACUUAAGAAGAGGACGAACAAUCGAUUACAGACACUUACACUCCAAUUCGAGCUGUGGCGGAUGUGAUGUUUAAAUAAAUCAAUGACUUCUUCGUAUUGAUGACUGUUGUAAUUUUGAAUUCCAAAUACAAUACAUUCGUUCGGGCUC